AUGAAACCAUAUAGUUCAUAUAGUUCUGCUUUUUCAAAGCAAUAUAUGGGUACAAAAAGUGUAAAGGCAAAAAAUCCAACCAUAUAUUCUUUUGAAGAAGAAAAACAAAAUGAAAAUAUGAGUUUGUUAAAAUCGUUAUGUUCUAAGCGUUUGGUUCUUCCAAUUCUUGGAAUAUUAUAUAUCAUUCUAAAUGGAAAUUUUGGAUAUAAUGGAAGUUCAAAUUCUGGUGCACAAUUUACUGACAGGUGCUCAAGAAAUUUAUACUGUGAAACAUUGCCAAUCAACCCAUAUGCUGAUUCUGAAAACCCAAUAGUUGUAAGUCAGGUAUUUGGUUUACCUUCCGAAAAACCUACGUUUACGUUAGAAGGUACUCCUGAUAUUGAUCAUACAAAUAUUUUGGGUUUUAAUGAGAAGUUGAUGACUGAUGUAAAUAGAUAUCGAUAUUCUAAUAACUAUGAAGCCAUUCCCCAUACAAGGGAGUUCAAUCCACUUAUUGUAGAUAAAGUUCUUUUCGACUAUAACGAAAAGGUUGAUAACUUAGGAAGGAGUGGAGGAGACAUUAUAAAAAAAAUGCAAACUUUAUGGGAUGAAAUAAUGGAUAUUAAUAAAAGAAAAUAUGAUUUUUUAAAAACAAAAUUACAGAAAACUUACAGUCAGUACAAGGUUCAAUAUGAUAUGCCAAAAGAAGUAUACGAGAGCAAAUGGGGACAAUGCUUAAAGCUUAUUAAUCAAGGAGGUGAUAACCUUGAAGAAAGAUUGAACACACAAUUUAAAAACUGGUACAGACAGAAAUAUUUAAAUCUUGAAGAAUAUAGAAGAUUGACUGUGUUGAACCAAAUCGCUUGGAAAGCUUUAUCCAACCAAAUUCAAUAUACAUGCAGAAAAAUUAUGAAUAGUAACAUUUCUUCUUUUAAACAUAUAAGUGAAUUGAAAAGUUUAGAACAGAGAGCGGCAAAAGAUGCACAAGAAGAAAUGAGGAAAAGAGCUGAAAAACAGAAGAAGAAAAAAAGUAAAAGAAGAGGAUGGUUAUGUUGUGGUGGGGGAGAUAACGAAACAGUUGAACCACAACAAGAAGAACCAGUCCAAGACGUUGGAGAACAUCAAAUAAAUGAAUAUGGUGAUAUAUUACCAUCUUUAAAAGUUAGUAUUAAUAAUUCAGCAAUUAAUUAUUAUGAUGCAGUAAAGGAUGGUAAAUAUUUGGACGAUGAUUCAUCAGAUGCUCUUUAUACAGAUGAAGAUUUGUUGUUUGAUUUGGAAAAGCAGAAAUAUAUGGAUAUGUUAGAUGGAUCUGAAGACGAAUCUGUUGAAGACAAUGAAGAAGAACACUCUGGUGAAGCAAAUGAGGAAGAACUAAGUGUUGAUGAAAAUGUAGAAGAACAAAAUGUUGAUGAAAGUGGAGAACAACAAAGUGAUGAUGAAAGUGGAGAACAUCAAAGUGUUAAUGAAAUUGUAGAAGAACAAAGUGUUAAUGAAAUUGUAGAAGAACAAACCGUUGAUGAAAUUGUAGAACAAGAAACCGUUGAUGAAAAUGUAGAAGAACAAGCUGUCGAUGAAAAUGAAGAACAACAAACCGUUGAUGAAAAUGUAGAACAACAAACUAUAGAUGAAAGUCAAGUACAAGAAGAAAUAUCUACUAUUCAAGAAAAUAUAGAAGAGGUAGUUAGUGAAGUUCAACAAGAUUCAGAGGUAGAUAGAACUCUUCAUGUUCCUGAUACAAGAUUCUAUGAUAUAUUAGGUGUUGGAGUUAAUGCAGAUAUGAAGGAAAUCUCUGAAAGUUAUUUUAAAUUAGCAAAACAAUAUUAUCCACCAAAAUAUUCAGUUAAUGAAGGAAUGUUAAAAUUUAAACAAAUAAGUGAAGCAUAUCAAAUAUUGGGAGAUAUUGAUAAAAGAAAAAUGUAUAAUAAAUUUGGAUAUGAUGGAAUAAAGGGAGUUAACUUCAUUCACCCAACCAUAUAUUAUAUGUUAGCUAGUUUAGAAAAAUUUGCUUUUUAUACUGGAUCUCCUCAAAUAGUAACCCUUAUGAAAUUCUUAUUUGAAAAGAAAUUAACAGUAAAUGACUUAGAUACAAAAUCUGAACAUUUAUCAAAAAUAAUGGGAGUGUAUCAAAAAGAAAGGGAAACUUACAUAUCUGAAAAUUUAAUAUCUAGAUUGCAACCAUAUAUAGACAGUAUUAGAAAUUGGGAUGUACAAAUUAAGGAUCAAAUAUAUGAAUUAAUGGGUUCUCCAUUUGAUAUAGCAAUUAUAGAUUCUAUAGGAUGGACAUUACAAUAUGUUUCUAUGAGUCAUAUGAAAAACCCUAAAAAAGCAAUUAAGAAACUUGAAACAAGAUCCAAGAAAAAUAAAGAAACUGUAGCAUAUGAAAAUAAUAAACUAAUGAAUAUAUUGAGAGAAUAUUUCGGAAAUAAUGAACAAAUUAAUUCAAUCACUUAUAAUAUGGAAUAUAAUACAUUAAAUGAAAAUAAUGAGAAUGGAUACAGAAAAAUUUUGAACUUGAACCAUAAAAAACAGAAAAAAUUAUUUGAAGAAAUUAUUAGUUAUAUAGUAAAUAUAUCUUUAUCCGAUAUAGAGAAUACAGUUAAAAAUUCAGCUGAAAGUAUAUUAACAGUUGAAGGGUUAGAUGAAAAAAAAUUAUCAAAGAGAAUUGAAUCAUUAAGAAUGUUAGCGAAUGCUAUAAGAAAAUAUAUAUUAAGAGGUAAGAAAGGUAAAAAAUAUAAAAACAAGGAUGCAAAAAGCUUAUCAGGAAACAUUGCGAAUGAAAUAAAUUUAAUUAAUAAAGAACUUCAAAAUUUAAAAGAACAUACACAAGCAAAUAUACCUGAGCAUAUAGAAGAAAAUGUGCAAGAAAAUAUGGAAGAAAAUGUAGAAGAAAAUGUAGAAGAAAAUGUAGAAGAAAAUGUUGAAGAAAAUGUAGAAGAAAAUGUAGAAGAAAAUGUUGAAGAAAAUGUAGAAGAAAAUGUAGAAGAAAAUGUUGAAGAAAAUAUAGAAGAAAAUGUAGAAGAAAAUGUUGAAGAAAAUAUAGAAGAAAAUAUAGAAGAAAAUGCAGAAGAAAAUGUUGAAGAAAAUAUAGAAGAAAAUAUAGAAGAAAAUAUAGAAGAAAAUAUAGAAGAAAAUAUAGAAGAAAAUGUUGAAGAAAAUGUAGAAGAAAAUAUAGAAGAAAAUGUAGAAGAAAAUGUAGAAGAAAAUGCAGAAGAAAAUGCAGAAGAAAAUGCAGAAGAAAAUGCAGAAGAAAAUGAUGAAACACCACAGGAACACAACGAAGAAUAUGAUGAAUAA